AUGCCGCCAAAGCUAUUCGGAGACGACGACGGCGGCGAAGAAGACGUCUCGACGUUGGAGAUCGAUAAGGAAUACGCUCGGAGAUUGGAGUACAACAGAAAGCGAGAGGAUCUUCAACGUUACGAGGAGCUGAAGCAGAGAGGUGUUGAGGAAGAUUCUGAUAAAGAGGAGAAGAAGAUUAAGAGUUAUGAUGAGGAACAAGACGAACUUAGGAAAGCUGUUUCUGAUGCUAUGGAGAUUGAGAAUGAUGAAGAUGGUGAAGAGCUUUUGAAAGAGACUGAGAAGAAAGGAGAUGAUGAUGAUGAUAUGGAGGUAGAUGAAGAGCUUGUGAAGAAAGCUGGUGAGUAUUUUGGUGGUGGUGAUGGUGAACUUGAUGAGAAGAACAAGUUCUUGAAAGAUUACUUGCUGAAUCAUAGGUGGAAGGAGAAAGAGAAAAGGGCAGUGAUUGAUGAAGCAGAGUUGGAUGAGUUGGAGGACGAUGAAGAUGCGGUGGAGAUUCAAGAGGAGUAUGAGUCUAACUAUAGGCAUGAAGAGAAUGCAGGUGAGAUAGUUAUGGGUUAUUCAAGGAAAGUCGAAGGUUCGGAAGGAGAUGAAUGCCAGUUGAAUGCGAAAGACGUGGAUGAUGAGUUCGAUCCCGAGGAGUAUGAUAAGAUGAUGAAAGCUGUGUUUGAUGACAAGUACUAUGACGAGGAGGAUUCUGGCUUGAGUAGUGAUGAGGAUGGUGAGAAGCCGGAUUUUGACAAAGAAGAUGAAUUGCUUGGACUUCCAAAGGAUUGGGAUGUGAUUCAAGGUGGGGAUGGUUUUACAGCCGCAAGAGAAAUGGCGUUGAAGCAGAAAGAGAUUGCUGAUACUGGUGCUGAACCAGCUUCCUCAGCAGCUGAGGAAGGCGAAGGCGAGGCAAGUAAACUAUCGAGAAAGGCAAAGAGAAGACGACGUCAAGCAGAGAAGAAGCUUCCUCCUAGCAGAAUGGCUGCUUAUGGGAAGCCACAGUGA